UUCAGAAUCCCUUCCCAGGACUCUUCUCUUAUCUACAUACUUUACUUACCUAACCCAUUGACUGUACCAAACCCAGGCAAUAAAACAAGGACCUCCUGCAGCUGUCCGUCGCAUUUUUUUCGGCUCAUCUAGCACUCAGUCUGUUUUGAACAAGAAAUGAGGGGGAGGGACGAACCAAACAGCAAUUUAUGGAAUGAUGAUCUGACAGCAUGAUCGUUUGGUCGAAAAGUAUCACAUUUGUCUACUGGUAAAUCAAUGUCAUCCACUCAACCUGAGUCCCAUCAAGAUGGGACCAAUUCAUCGCAGCAGAGAUUGGGUGACGACUUGGCCGCGGGGAACAUGAGGCCAAGCAUUGAAAUCCCCAUGGCACCGUCCAUCACCGCCUCCACCACCCGGUCAGGCUUCAGCAGUUCGAUCGAUAGUGAUGAUGGUGGUCCGGCAACGAACACGACCAGUAGGGCAACAGCUGCCUCUACUGCUGCAGUUAUACCAAAAAUCAAGCAGCCGUCAUGGCUCAAGAAAAUCAUGACAAAGUGGGGACUGGAUGUGCAGACCCUGAAGCUCAUGUUCAAAGCCUCACUUCCGCCCGUCAUAGCUACUGGUAUGAUUUUAUCUCCAGUUGUGUCAUCGUACUUUACCACUCUCGGCUACGAAGUUGCCGUGGUCAGCGUCCUUGCCCUAGCGAUCCUUCCACGUGGUAAAUUCCUCCAGACGCUGAUGCUCAACAUCGCCGCCGUCUUCCUUGGUGGCGCUACGAGCAUGCUGGUCCUCUGGUGUGGCAUCCAGGCUCGUCUGCACACCAUGGCGGACCCUCUGACACCGAUCAACCCUUCGCCAUCGGACGACCCCGCGCCGUCCAUGUCCAGAACCCGCCCAACUAGGCUCCCCUACAGCAGCUCGCAGUCGGCCGUCUGCGGCGUCCUGCUCUUCUUCAGCACCUGGUUCAUCAACAUCGCCCGGGCCAAGAUCCCAUCCUUCAACACCCCGACCAUCCUCUUCUCGAUCCUUGUCAACAUCGCCGCCAUGCAGGGCCCCCUAUUUGGCGACGCGUACCAGGCCUGGCUGCUGGUCGAGCGCCUGGCCGCCGCCAUGUUGACUGCCCUGGCCCUGGGAACCUGCGUCUCGCUCCUCGUGUUCCCCGUCACCAGCCGCGGCGGCGUGUUGAAGCAGUUUGGCGGCGGGAUCGGGCUCCUCAGGAAGGCAGUGCGGCUCCAAGGCGAAUACCUCCAGGGACUCGAGGGGGAGGACAUGUUUGCACUGAGGCUGGUCGAGACGAGUGUUGCGGGCGGCGGGGGAGGACACAAGGUCGAGACGGACAAAGAUAAAAAGAAGAAAAAGGGAGACAAACUCAAGGACGACGAGUUUGAUGACGAGGACAGGCCACUCACCAAAGAGGAGGAGACGGCGUUGGAGCUGAAGAGGACCAUCGUCCAGCUCCGGAAUCUAGUCGGGAAGAUCCAGGGUGAUAUGGGCUUUGCGAAGCGUGAAGUCGCAUGGGGAAAAUUGGAUGCGCACAACCUAGGAGAGAUUUACAAACUAUUCCGAGCCAUGUUCAUCCCGAUAAUGGGCAUGGCCACGGUUAUGGACAUAUUCAGGCGGACGGCCAAGGAACGCGGCUGGACGGACGGCGAGAUUGAGGAUGCGUCGGCUGAACUCUUGUCCGAGAAGAACGAAGAAAGAAAGGUGUGGAAUGGGUUGAUGAAGCGGCUGCACGAACCGUUUGCAAUUCUAUCCGAGGCUAUCGACGAAGGAUUGGAGCAUGCGGCAGUUCAACUUGAGAUAAUGCCCAGACCCAAAGAUUCGGGUCGGGCGAAAAUGGGAAGGCUGCACGCAGUGGUCACCGGUUCAUCUGGGAGAUCACAAAGACCCCGUGAUGCCGACGUUGAGGCGCAGAGACAACGCAGGCCUAGUCUUCCCGGAGAGUCGGGCUUUGGUCGGAUUCUCGAGGAAAAGAUCCAAAGGUUUUACAGCUGCAAGGGCGAGACCUUGCGAUACUGGGCAAAUGAGAAUGGGCUGUCUUUUGAGCAGGCAAAGAAUGGCAGUACUUGGGAUCUUGGAAGUCCCGCCACGAGAGAGCGGAGGCAGAACCAGCUUUAUAUCCUGCUUUACAUGGAGCAACUGAUGCUGGCCACAGGCGAGGCAGUACACGACUUUGUGCAGUUUGCCGACGCCCGCGUGGCAGACGGCACAAUGUCGUCCUCCCGGCUCCUCUAUCCGGGCCUCCGUAGCACUCGAAAAUGGAUAUCCAGCAUCUUCAACUACGGCCCAGACUCGGGCAGCGGUGAACAACCAACAACUACCAACGUCAUGGAUCGCAGCGCAUCAAAGAGCGUCACCGUGCACCUCGGCGAGGGCUACAAUCGUACCAAAAGGGAUCCGGAGCACCUCCCACCCACCACCGCCAUUGAGCGAAUGGGGGAUCGCGUCAGGGCGCUUGGUAACCUGCUGUCGUCGGAUGCGAGCACCUUUGGCUUACGGGUCUCCUGUGCCACCAUGACUAUUGCCAUUGUAGGGCUGUUAGAACGCACGCAGUGGUUCUUUCAGGAGCAGAGGCUUGUCUGGGCCAUGAUUAUUGUUGCCAUGGGAAUGACGCAGACAUCGGGCCAAUCCAUAUUUGGAUUCUUCUGGCGCAUAAUUGGCAGCCUUGUCGCCAUGGCCACCUCCCUACUGGCAUGGUACAUGGCCAACGAGAAAACACCUGCAGUUCUUGUUCUGAUGUGGCUGUUCAUUUUUAUCGAUUAUUAUGUUUUUAUCAAAUACCCGCAGAUCAUUCCUGCGGUCAUCGUCUGCAUCAUAUCGCAGGUUCUCAUCAUCGGAUAUGAAUUUCAGGUUCAGGUCAUUGGUUUGGAAGUUAGCGAGAGGAUGGGGCAGCCAUACUACCCGACAUACUUGAUAGCGCCGUAUCGCGUCGCUACAGUAGCUGCGGGCUGCCUAGUCGCCUUCUUCUGGACCAUCUUCCCCUCGCCCUUCACUGACCGCACCUGGCUGCGCCGAGAUCUCAGCGCAACACUAUACCUACUAGCAAACUACUUCAGCGCCAUAUCCCAGACAGUCAGGCUGCAGCUGGCAGAGGAAGACGAGGUCGUCAAGACGCAUGCGGGGCCCCACAGCGAGAAGCAUACACCAGCGCACCACCUCGCCCGCGUCCGGCAUAAGAUCUUUGGCAAGCUUAUGAUCCUUCUCCCCAGCCUGGGAACCCACGCCCAAUGGCAGCGUUGGGAGCCGUCCAUCGGCGGACGGUUUCCCGAGGAGGUCUACGAGGAGAUCAUACUGCGGUCCAGCCGGAUCCUCAACUACCUGACGCUCAUGUCGUACACGGCGACGCGACCGCCACACAGCCUUGCCAAGCAGCAGGAUGGCGACGACGAGAUGGACGCCGAGUGGACCCGCACGCUCCGCAGGCUCUUGGACGAGGUGCAGCCGGCGCACUACAGCAUCGUAUCGACGUUGGCAUUGCUGUCCAACUCGCUGCUGUCGGGCCAGGCCCUGCCGCCGUUUGUGCACAUGCCACCGCUGUACGGGGCAUCGACGUUGGCGGACGCGGCGCAGAGGAGGGCCAGCGGUUUCGGUGGGUAUCUACAUCAUCGGCCACCGCCCUUGGCCGAGGCCGCGGCGGCGGCGGCGGCAGGAGGAGAAAAGGGCGGGCUCUGUGACUGCCAUAACUUGUCGGAUCUGCUGGAUCCAAAGAACGUCAAUCGGAAGGGCUACACCGAGUACAGCGUCAUGCAGGUCUGCAGCAGCCUGAUCAGGGACGACUUGCAAGGCCUCGUGCGGGCCGUGGAGGGACUCGUUGGUGUCGUGGACUUUAGUUUCCGGAUCGAUGCGAUGAAUGACAGUGCUUCCGGGGCCAGCAAUCCAAAGAAGGGCGUCGACGGAAAUACUAUAGAGUCAGAUCGUUCGGGGAGCGAUACCAGCGAUGAGGCCGACAGCCUGAGGCAGCGCCGGACCUAUACGAAUACGUUGGCGCGGGAGGGGACCGGAGGUCCGAGGGCGCCCUAGUCAGGGCAAUAUGGCUUCUUGUUUUGAUCAACUGGUUACGAGACUGAUGCUCUUUGUGUUGGAGCAAUACUUGGUUCACGCGAUGCGGUGAUCUAACAGAUCAGAUCUAGCGCGGGAAUAUGUUGCAGAUGCGGCGGAUCUUAUGCCGAAAAUGAGAUGGCAGUAUAUAUCGUUCAGACUAUUGUAUAUGAUGACAUUUUGAAGAAACAA